ACGCGCUCUAUGUUAUAAUAAUCCUUUUCAUUCGAAAGUGUGAAAAUUGAGCUUCUAAAAUCGUCUAAACGGCCUUGACUACUUUUCUGUGAACAGAACAAACUCUCAAGGAAUCAUCACUCGCGGCUGAGAGGGUCGAUUCAGUCUAACUGUGAUUCAAAGAUAAAAUCACACCCAUCAAAGUGCAAAAUCAUCAUCAUGUCUGAACCUGAGUCAAUUUUUCACGAUGUGACCGUCAUUGGGGCUGGUUGGUCUGGGUUAAUGGCGUGUAAGUACAUGCUAGAGUUUGGACUGACUGUUACCACCUUAGAGAAACGUUCAGAGGUUGGUGGGCUGUGGUGUUACUCAGAGGACCCUAACAUUGUCACAGUCAUGCGGACAACGAAAACGACUUCGUCGUCAUCCGUGACAGAAAUGUCGGAUUUUCCAAUGCCGGAGGAGAUUGGAUACUUUCCUAAGCACGCCGACAUCUUCACCUACUUGAAAUCCUAUUGCGACGAGUUUAAGUUGUGGCCUCACAUUCGACUGAACCACGGGGUGAAGUCAGUAGAGAAGAGAGAAAAUAUAUGGCGAAUUGAGUGCGAGAACGGAAGCCUGUUCACUAGCAAAUUCUUGAUAAUUUGCACAGGCUGUGUACAGAAGCCUAAUCGAGUUCUGGAGCAGACUCUCCUUAAAGAUUUCGCUGGCAAAAUUUACCACAGCUCUGAGCUCAAGUCAUUUGUCCCUGAGCAUAAAGGCAAACGAGUGAUGCUGAUUGGUGGAGGCGAGACUGCCAGUGACGUGGUUGAAGAAUGGUGUGACAAUGUUGAUCGCCUUAUAUGGAGUAUACCUCGAGGGAUGCAUUUCUUCCGUAAGUUUGCGAAGAUUCUGCCGAACCGACAGCCUCAAGUCCUGGACAAGGCUUCAUCUCGUGCAAUGAAAUUCGUCGCUCCUUUCACAAAGGGAAAACCAGGGCUAGCAUGGGUAUGUAAGUGGACGACGAACGGUUCACUACUCGCCUAUCAAGGUCAUGGUAUAUCCGAGUGGAAAAAUGACGCCAAAUUUUUUCAUUCUUUUAUCAACAAAAAUGGUCACGUGCUUGAUAGGGUUGAUUAUCACCACUGUGUUCCAAAAGGCGCAAUUGAGAGCGUGAAAGGUACCAAAGUACAUUUCUGUGAUGGCACAGAAGAGGAGGUUGAUAUCAUCAUUCAGUGCACCGGUUUCAAGGCAGAAUUUCCAAUGCUCCCCGCGGAAAUAAAAACGGUUCCUCUUACCCACAACUACAAGUAUCUGUUUAACGUCGAGGACCCGACAUUGGCUUUCAUCGGAUAUGUUCGGCCGGUGAUCGGAUCAUUAAUCACGAUGGCCGAGGUUCAAUCUUUUUUUACCGCGAAAGUUUUCUCAGGACUGUGUGAGCUUCCUUCCCGAGAUGAAAGGCAGAGAAUAGCUGUGAAAGACAAGUUAUUUUGGGACGACUACUUCAAAGAUUCCUCCCGUAGACUUUCUACCUUAGUGGAAGCCUUCACUUACGGAGAUGACAUCGCUAGGUUAUGCGGAAUAUUUCCUGAUUAUUGGAAGAUGCUCAAAACAAAUCCCCGUGGAGUUAUGACGGCGAUUUUUGCUCCCUACGAUGGCAGUUGUCUUCGACUAAAUCAGCCAGAAUACCAAGAGACGGCGUUACGGCACUUGCGGCACCAGAUGUCCGGGACAUUCUCUCCAAUACAUUUACUUCUCAUCCUCUUCUUGCGGCUAAUCUGGUUCGACUUCUGGCUGGAUGUCCUAGGCGAGAUUAAGUACAAGAUUCAGUGCGCAGGAUGGUGGAAAAAAAUACGAGAUUGUCGACCCAUACGUUUCUUAGAUUGGUGCUGGCAGGCUCCUAAGAGAUGGCUCUUUGAUUGUAAAACAAGAGCCUAACAAUUUACCAACUUUAACCGAAAACAUUUAUACUAGAGUGCUUACUUACGAACACUCCUCGGUUGUUGUAUAUUUCGAGUGCUUUUAAACUGCAGCGUAGGUAGGAUUUGUUAAGAGGGUCGCGCAAGGGGUUUUCUGAGGCGUACUUGCCCAGGCUACCGUGAAACGACUGAUAAUUACAAGUUUAACAUUGCAUUUACAAAUAUCCUCGCUAUUAAGCUAUCAUUCUAUGUUAUUAUGCAUUACAAUACCGGGUGUUGGUUUAUGAUAUCAAUUUUUAUCCAUGUAAGCUGACUUAAAAUCACUUCUGUCAUCAGAGUAGUUCAUCAAUUAUAUUCUUGAAAGGGUUUUCUUUAGUGAAAUGUUUCGUGGGCCAAAACCCACCAUAUGGUGCUGCUUAACUGUAUCAGUCUGUCAUAGGGGAAAGUCUUCAGUCCGCUUCUAAGAAGGCCUGAUUGUCUUACAACAGUUCCAUCGCCAAAAACUUUCAUGUCGAUUACUGAAAUUGACAAACGUCAUUAUCUAGUGGGCACUACCUAAAUGUUACUAUGAUUAU